CAUUUCUAUUUUCUGUUGAAUACGCCUCCACACAGCUCUUUAUUUUGCGUUCAUAUAUGGAUCCGCAUGUGUGGGAAAGCGCCCUCAAUAGGCUAUCCUGCACCGACAAAACACACGUUCUACAUCUCGACAGCCGUGAGGCAGCCAACGACAACAUUCUCGAUGAAAAGCAACUAUUGUCCAAGCUUUCAGAAUUUACCAAUACCGCGGAGGACCACCAGCCUGCACCAUUUAUCCUAAUAACCGCGAAGGGCGACCCGAUCUAUGACCCAAAUCCGCUCGAGAUCUCGAAGAAUGUUCUGCGUUCGCUCGUGACGUCCGGGCUCUUCCUUCCCCAGACCAUCACCGUGUUCAAAGAAACGCAGUCCCACUUCUCACACAGGAUAGAGUACGACAUGCAGAGCGAGACUCCAAGCGCAAUCCAUAUAUUCCUUCGCGUCCCGCGACUCCGAAAAAUCAUCAACCUAGUCAUGCGCAUAAACCUGCGAACUAUGUCCACCAUCGCACUCCUAACUUCACGUCUCUCCAGCACAUUGGAUGAUCUGCGAUCAAGAUGCCUGCGCCAAUUGGACACACUGCGAGCGCAUCCACUUCAUCUACUCAACUUCAUCCUGGAGCAUCGCAUGCGCGACUUGGACGAUUGGGUGGAAGACCUCUGGGCCUACGUUGGGGGCCUGGAGAGGAGAACCGGAAUUUCAAAUGACUGGAGCGGGCUGGAAAGAGGCGGGAAGGAGAGUAAGCUGCAAGGGGCGGAAUAUGCGGGGCUGCUGCAGGACUUGCAUACUGUGAGCGUGGAGUUGAGGCUAGCGUUGGCGACGAUGAAGUUUGCGGGGGACUUAGGUGAAGGGUUCAAGCAACUAUCACGUAGAUUGGAUGAAACAAGGAAGGAAGCUAGCGGUGAGCACAUGAAGAAGCGCGUUAAGGUGGCAUUAGAGGAUCAGAUUGAGUAUAAUGAAGUGGUUGUGAAAACCACUAGGGCGAAACUUGGGGAGUUGCUCGAUCGGGUGCAGGCGCAGAUAAACGUGACCUACAGCCUGAUCGCGCAGAAAGACAGCGAGCAAAACAUCCGCAUCGCUACACUCACAGCAAAAGACAGCCAAACCAUGAAAACGAUUACCAUCCUCACACUAACCUUCCUGCCGAGCACCUUUCUUGCGUCGCUCUGGUCCGCCGAUAUCUUCACAAUGGACCGCGGUACAAGUUGGAGAGUGUAUGUCGGAACUACGGUCGCGCUUACGAUGAGCGUGUUUGCGUUGUGGUGGCUGUACCUCUGGAUCACGAAGUCGAGGCGCCCGGCGUCAGCUGAUAUUGUGGGAGAGGUGGAAGAGAAGAAGGAAGUGUAGAACGACAUACUUUCGUUCAGAAAUGCCUGGAAUCGUAUGUAGUUAAGCAUGGUGGCAUUGGAGCCUUACUCCAGCACCCUCGAG